UAGUAUUUUUCUACCUCGCUGGUGUAGUCACACUUUGCUUAUUGGCCCCGGAAUUGUUUACAUUUCUGUUUUUUGCGUAUUUUUGCGGUUUUUUUAACUUUCUGAACAUGGCCGAUGAUCCGGAUAACUCAGUGGACCGCCCCUCGGACGAUGGCGAUGCCAACAAGCCGGAGAAGAUGUUCACUUUAAAGAAAUGGAAUGCGGUUGCUAUGUGGUCUUGGGACGUCGAGUGCGAUAUUUGUGCCAUUUGCCGCGUUCAAGUUAUGGAUUCCUGCCUUCGGUGCCAGGCGGACAACAAGCGGGAUGUGAUGGGUCGCCAGGAUUGUGUGGUGGUUUGGGGUGAAUGCAAUCACUCCUUUCACCACUGCUGCAUGUCCUUGUGGGUGAAACAGAACAAUCGCUGCCCACUGUGCCAGCAGGAGUGGUCCAUUCAGCGCAUGGGAAAAUAAUAAACUCAACAACAAUAAAAUGCCGCCAUCUCAACAAGCUAAGAUCUGAAUUUACUUUAUGAUGUAAUUUAAAAUAAAAGAAAUAUUGCCAGAA